AUGGUAGAUUGGACAAAUGAAAAUGUAUUAAAACUUAUUGAAGUUUAUCGUAGUAAAGAAAUAAUAUGGAACCCUAUGAACAAAAAUCAUUUUAAUAAGAUUUUGAAAAAUGAUGCUUGGAAUGAAAUCGCAAGUGAAUUGUCCGAUCAUAUUUCAACUACAAUCACUGCAAAUGAAUGUAAAACUAAAAUUGUGACAAUACUUGCUGCAUAUAGAAGGGAAAAAAUGAAAAUACGGAAAAGUAUAGGAACCGGUUCAGGUGCUGAAGACGUGUAUAAGUCAUCGUGGUUCGCAUUUGAAAGUUUAGAAUUUUUAAAAAACAAAGAUACUCCUCGACAAAGAAGAUGCACGAUGGCCGAUGAUAAUGAUCCAACCGAAAUUAACCAAAUUCCUACUGAAGAACUACAAAUUCAUUCUAAAGAAACACAAAUUACCUCAGAAAAUCAAGGUUCAUCAACACAGCCAUCAAAAAAAAAAAAAAUUAUCAAAGAAGAUGGUAGACUAGAUAAAGCGUUCAAAAUUCUAGAAUCGGCGGCAUCAGCCUCAGCCGUAAAUAAUGAAAGUCAAUCAUUUGGACAGUUUGUUGGAAGUAAAUUAGAAAAAUACAACCAACAAGUUAGAAGUAUUGUUCAAUAUGAAAUAUCAAAUAUUUUAUUUAAAGCAGAUUAUGGAUAUUUUAAUCAACAACAAUUAACAUAUCAAAAUAAUCACUACAUUUCUGAUCCAUCAACUCAUAAUUAUAAUUAUCAUUCGCAAAGUUAUCCAAUGAACAUGCAUUCUUCUUCACUGCCAUACUCAUUUCCAACUCAUGAUACUAAUAUUACAUAUACACCAGUACCACAAACAUCUCCAGCUGCAUUUACACAAUCAUCUCCAGCUAAAUUUACACAAACAUCUACACCAGUUCCGUCACCCUCAAAUACAUUUACUUCUGAAGAAUUGGAUUUCAGUGAUAUUAUGUAAAUGCAAUUAUUAUUUAAU